UUUGUGACUGUUUUUGUUGUGGGUGAAGAUGACUGGACUGUGAGAUACUCCACUCAGAGUAUCUGUGUCUUGAAGGGGUCAACAGUGGAGAUGUCCUGCUCUUACACAUUUCCCAGUGGAACAGUCACAUCAACCUUCUGGUUCACUAAAGAUACAUACAAAAAUCCUGUGAACCUGAUUGUGGACUCAGACUAUACAGGUCGUGUGAAGUACCAUGAUGAGAAGUAUAGACACACCCUGACAAUCACAGACCUGAGAGAGACUGACUCAGCUGUUUACAAAUUCAGAUUCACAACAGAUGGAGACAAAUAUACUGGGGGUCCUGGAGUCACUCUGUCUGUCACAGGUUUGCAGGUGAAGAUGACACCUGUCACUGUGACAGAUGGAGAUAGUGUGAAUCUGACCUGUAUAACCACAUGUACUCUGAUUGGCCACACCUACAUCUGGUACAGGAACAAACAACUCCUCACCAACCAGGAAGUAAGUCUGCAUCUAAACCCAGUCAGCAGUGAGGAUGCUGGGAACUAUUCCUGUGCUGUAAAAGGACUUGAGUCUCUUCCCUCACCUGAGAAGAAACUCAUAGUCACAUAUGGCCCAAGGAACACCUCAGUGUCAAUCAGUCCCUCUGGUGAAAUAGUGGAGGGGAGUUCUGUGACUCUGACCUGCAGCAGUGAUGCCAACCCACCUGUGGACAAAUACACCUGGUACAAGAAGACUGUAACCUCACCAAAAGCAUCAGGACAGAGUUACAGCAUCAAUAACAUCACAUAUCUGGACAGGGGAGAAUAUUACUGUGUGGCUGAGAAUAAAUAUGGACGUCUAAACUCAUUCUCGGUGUCUGUUGUGGUUCUAUGUAAGUAUGCCUAA